AUGGAUAUGUGGAGACCCAUUCUGUUGCACGAUGCGCUGAAUCUCUUCGGUGUACAGGUAGUACUGACCCUGAUCUCAGAUGUUGUUAAUCGUGUGGGUAGCGUUUCGGAUAUAGAGGUGCUAACAAAUGGAGGAGCGUUUGUGGCUGUUUGGUCGUCGAAGACGUCCGCAAGCAAUGGUGGUGAGGCUGGUACUUCCCCUCUUCCAGCAACACUUGCCGUAUUCACGCCAUUUGGAACGCAGACAUGGUGCUCCUUGGAGUCGAUUAUCGAUAGUGACGGGACGCCUACAGUGUCGUACACGUCUGUGGACUGGGGUCCGGAAGGUUAUCACUUGUGGUUAGGACGAAGUGAUGGCUUGUCCAUUCUGCCAAUGGCUAGAUCUGCUGCUUUGUGUAAUCCCAUUAUGGACCACUCAAAUCACAUUGUCUUGAUCUGCAGCUCUAGAGUGCUUAUCAGCUCAAAUAGGGAACGAGAAGGUGUGGCGAGUGCACCGCAUGCCGUCUGGACAGCAGUCAAUCCGCUUCAUGAAUACAUUGCUUCAAAUUGGCCUAUACGGUUUGCCGCUAUCGAUCGGGAAUCUGCAAAGCACCUGGUUGUUGCUGGACUACGAGGAUUAGCUCACUGUUCUCUUCCAGGAGUUCGAUGGAAAAUUUUUGGCAACGAGAACCAAGAGUCUUCUCUGAUGGUGACUGGAGGCGUGUUGCUUUGGGGAGGCACAGUCGGCGCAGCUUGCUACGAUUUGGAAGCCUGUCGUGAACAACUGCGAUUUUAUCCUAUCAACAAGAAACUGGACAAUCGUUUUGCUUCCAUAUUUGAGAUGGAAUGUCGUGUCAUCAUGAUGUCGCUAAGAAGCGAUGCACUGGUGACAUUUGACAUCGAAGGACGUAUAAUUAUGCACCGUUUGAUGAGAAAUGAAGAGAGCUCGGGUGAUAUUGUAAAAAUUUCUGUGGACCGUAUCGCUGAGAUCCGUGUGGGUGACCUUGUUACUCAUCCGGCUUGUUUAGUGUCUAUACACCUGACGCAGCUAAGCCUUGAUCCAACUGCUUCUUCCUUCUUUCCUGGUGUGGAUACGGUGCUUAUAAACGUCUCGGGCCGACUGUUAACUUUGAAUCCCCACAAGGUGACAAAGGACGUGGAGCCCAAUGAACCGUUUCAGCUGAGUCAGCCGAUAAUGGUAGCAUCGUUCGUGGAACAAGUGUGGCAUUGCCGAGCAUUGACUGACCGAGAACCACCUGGGCUUCCUCAUCUGCUGAAUGCUCUCUGGAUCAAACUUUUGCACAGAAAUAGUGAAGUCUUUGCGCACCAUAUUCUGCGCCAAUUGUUGAAACGAAAUCUCGGUGUGUUCGCCUUGGAAGUGGCCUCAGCAUGUCGUCAUCUACCACAUUUCGCUCACUCUCUUGAACUACUUCUGCAUGGUGUGCUGGAGGAGGAGGCCACAAGCAGCGAGCCUAUACCAGAUCCCCUACUUCCGCGAUGUGUUGCUUUCAUCCAAGAAUUUCCCGAAUUCCUCCGUACGGUUGCUCACUGCGCUAGAAAAACUGAACUAGCGCUUUGGUCGUCUUUAUUUGCUGUAACAGGCUCUCCCAAUGAUCUUUUUGAGGUGUGCCUCUACGUAGAUGGACAACUACAUUACAAGCUGCAAAGCUUAUCGCAUUGUGCUAUCAGAGUAUUGAGAAUACGCAAACAAGUCAAGAGAACACCUCCGCCAAUGAGGACAUCAUCCUCUCGACGUCACGCAACAUCAAUAAAUAGUGUUGCUGAAGCCGAUGAUCUGGUCUUCGCUCGUUUCCAGGGAGGUGCCAGAAUAACAAAGGUCCGGCAUUCGCACGCUGACAAUCGAGAAUUGAAUCGUAAGGACUCGGCAGGGAGCGGUAAACGAGCAACCAGGGUUGGAUAUUUCGUGUCCGCUCUCGAUCUCGAUGUCUCCCGAAUUCUAGUUUCGUCGCGAAAAUUUGUACAAAAUUUCCCAAAUGCACUCACACGACUUCAUUCUCAAUUUGCUUGGCCAUAUCCAGUUGCCAGUAAAAAAGUAGUUGAUCAGUUAGAGAAAAGGUUUGGCUCGAUGAAAUGUAGCCAAAGUGCGGCUUGCCUUAAUGGAGCGUCUUCAGCAGAAGUGAAAAAAGCCUCAGUUCAGUCCAUUCCCGUUCCUGUUACUCCUCAAGAAAAGACUAAUAUAAGAAUAGGAAGCAGUUCACCUUCCAGUGAUCAUGUCUCAAUAGAAGAUGCUCAUCUAGUGCCUAUCCAAGAAAAUGGCAAUAAUAAUAUCAUGUCGGGUUCUAUACUGGGAUCGCCUUCUAGCAGUACAGUUGAGAACGUCGAUUCUAGAAGCAUCGGAAGCGAUUGGCAUGGCUUGAAAUUCCUGGUAGGAGAGACCUCUAACAAAGGAUCAGCAGAGAGCUUAGCCCAAAUGUCACAUCUGAUGACUUGGUUCUCUAGUGCUGGAUGUUUAGAUUGGAUUUUCUUGAUUUGCGUAGUCUCUCGAGAUGUUCUUCAAUUGCGUCGCGAGAUCAAUUCAGAAUCGGUCAAGAAAGCCGGUGUUGAGGCAUUCAAGCACACAGUGUCUGGCUGCGGAAGAACUUCUUGA